GCUGAAUUAAUGCGCUUCUUCACUGGAGACUUGGAAGGACAGAGCCUUCAAAGCAUCUUUGAUGUAUUCUUUACUCAGACCCUGCUAAUGCCAUCGAUUCUCCAAAAGUCCGAUACAGAGACACUGUUUUAGAAAUUUAAAAACUGAGAUUUUAAACUGUUGCGAUCAUUUGAAGAAUUAAAGGCCGUGUUACUGCCCUGUAUCGCUCCAGACAGGCUAUUGUCAGCCUCCAGAAUCACAAACAUGGAUCAACACGACUCGACGUUUGGCGUGCAGCUCUUCAUUUAUGAUCUGUCGAGGGGAAUGGCCCGACAGCUCAGCCCUAUAAUGUUAGGAAAACAGCUUGAUGGGAUUUGGCACACAUCUAUAGUGAUCUAUGGAGAGGAGUUCUUCUAUGGUGGUGCCGGGAUUUCUAGUUGCCCACCGGGCGGGACGAUGCUCGGACCUCCAGACACAGUGGUGGAGCUGGGAAACACUGAGGUGACAGAGGAGAUCUUUAUGGAUUAUCUGUCCUCACUUGGAGAAACAACAUAUAGUGGGGACAAGUACAGAUUGUUUGAACACAACUGUAACACGUUCACUAAUGAGGUGGCCCAGUUUCUCACUGGCAAUAAAAUUCCCUCCUAUAUCACAGAUCUGCCCUCUGAAGUGCUCUCCACGCCAUUUGGUCAGGUGUUGCGGCCAAUCCUGGACUCGAUACAUAUUGCCCCUCCAGGCGGAAACGUGAUCAGCAGCCAAAAUAAUCAUAGCUAGAUCAUCUUUGUAAUCUCUCUCGCACACACACACACCUACACACGCAAUAAUUCACACAUACGCUGUUUAUACACACACAUUUGCCCUGUUGAAAAUGAAGUUGGCUCAUAAACCUCGUUCAAGAGCACUGAACAAAUUUUCAUCAAUUCUGGUCUGUAUUCACAGUUGCCCAGAUAGUUUUACUCAAAGUGUUUCAUGCACAAGGUCCCAGGUCAUUCUUUCCAGAUCACUGAUGGUUCAUAUUUUUCAGUGUUGAGGUCUUGGUUUCUAUGGUUUUCAUUUUCAUAUGCCUCUUUACUUUGUAUCUCUACAGCCCACAACAUGCAAAGGUCAUUUGUUGCUUGUUGAUGACAAUCCAGCUUUUUUUUCCUGUUGUUACAGUAGUUUUUAUUCCUUUCACAUAAUUUCAUGCUGUAUUUUUCCCAGUAAUAUGUCUGUUGAUAUGUAUUAAUAUUGGCAAGCCAUAAGUUUGAAAGACUUAUCUUUAAUUUUAUUCUUAACAUAUAUUUAUUUAUUUUUGUGAGUGACUUUGUGACAAAGAAGCACAUGUUCUGUAAUAUAUUUACAUUUACAUUUAUCAG